AUGCCAGACUUCAACAUGCACGCCCUUGACGGAAGCUGGGCCGAGCCAGAAGUGGAGCGGGUGCAAGAGUUCUUUGACAAUUUGUCGGAGAUGUACGUCCGUGAUGAGCCAUUGCUCAUCAAGGACACCACCAAGCAGGAGCUCGACUACAUCGCUGCCAAGGCAACGGAAGCAGCGCUUGCCCAGGAGGCUGGCAGCAUCGGCGCCAUGGAGGACGAGGCCGACACGGCUACAGAGGAGAAGGAGCUCGCCCAGUGGGCGGAGUCUGCCGGGGGCCAGCGGCGCCGGCGCCGGGGCCCCCUUUUUGAAGAAGUGGGCGACGAGUCGUCCGACAAGGAGGCCGAGGCGGAUAACCCCCUAGCCGUGGGGAGGAAACGCGUCCUGCGACGGGCCAGCUCCGGUGAGCCGGUCCAGCCCGACAGGACCACGCAGCGGCAACCGGCUCAGGAGCAGCCCGUGCAUGAGACGAGGGCGAUGAAGGCCGUGGCAGCGAAGAAGACGGUGAAGGCCACGGUGACGAAGAAGACGGCGACUGCCUCCUCCUCGUCCAAGCGACGCCAGACCCUAUCCCCUUCUCCCCCUCCCUCGGACAGCACCCUGGAGGCCGAGUUCGACCUCGGGUCUUUUAGCCCGAAGAGGAAGAGGAAGCCAGUGGAGGAGGAGGUGGAGGACAAGGACAUGGAGACGAUGGCCCAGAGGGUGGCCAAGAGGGCCAGGGCCUCAACGAGCGACAAGCCCCCGGCCGGUGUUCCACACACGCCGGUGGUGGUGGAGAUCAGCCCGGACAACAGCCCCCGACACAGCCCCAGCCUCAGCCCCCAGCAUCCUCCCUCGAUGGACCAGGAUGGCAUCGACAUCGUCAUCGAGGAAGUCGCCAGGGAUGCUGAGGCCGAGCCCACCAAGGUUGCCACCGAGGAAGCCGCCAAGUCCGCUGCCGAGGAGGCCGCCAAGGGGCCUACCGGGGAGGCCAGCGAGACCGCUGCCGGGGAAGCCGGCAAGGGGCCCGCCAGGAAGUCCGGCAAGGCUACCACCGAGGAGGCCGCCAAGGAGCCCGCCGAGGAGGAGGUGGCCAACGACCAAUCUUCAUCCCCUGCAGCCCCGGCCUUGGACAAGUAUCUGAAGGUGGGCGAUCACUUGUUCGUCCGCCUCCCCGGGACGGCGGGUGGUAGAGCGCCAGCCGAGGGGGAGGUGUUCGACGACGAGACGCUUGCCACUGCCGGGCUCCAGGUUGUUGAUGAACCGAGCGUCGGCGGUGAUGGUUCUCAGGAGGAGAAGCUUCUUCGGGCCAUGAGUGUCAACUUCCAGAAGCUCCAAGCGCUCCACCGUGCCCGCCUUGACAAGGCAAAAUGCAAGAUGACGGCGGUGGACAAGGCACAGGCCUGGUUCCGCGACGCCCAGGAAGAACUGAAGGCCUCCCAGGGCGAGCUGGCUGAGCGCAAGUGCGAACUCAUCCUGAAGCAAGCUGAUAUCGAGAAGGCCCAGGAGUUGGCGAAGGAGCAGGAGCUGGAGCAGAGGCACAAGGAGGCACUCAAUGCUCUGGCCCUAGUCCACGUCGACAAGGUGAAGAAGCUGGAGCCGGAGCGGGAGGAGCUGAAGAAGGUGGUCUUGGAGCUGACGAAGGAGAAGGACACGGCCAAUGGUGCUUUGGCGGAUGCGCAGACCGCACUGAAGCUGGACGGCCUGGAGGGGACGCUUUCGCAGACCAGGGCUCGUGAGGAGACCCUGAACCAGGCCCUGGAGGACGAGAGGCAGAAGAGGAAGAACGACGCCGCCAACCACGAGGACUAUGUGGCCAGCGUGGAGCUCUGGAUCAGCCGCCUCAUCGACGUCGCGGGGAAGCCCACCGCCCAGCUAGCCGUCAUGGGCAUGCCGGACGUCAGGCUCUCCGAGGACAGGAACAUAAGCCCCAACGCCAGGCUGAACUUGUUCUUCAAGCGCGACCUCGAUGCCUUUGAUCAGCUCCGCUCCAACCGGGCAACUUAUCUGGCCAACGAGGCCCGGAAGCUCUACCGGGGUGCCCUGACCAAGGUGCUCACCAAGGUGGCGCUCUGGAACCCCACCGUCAACUUCGCCGACGCGCUAGAGAGCUUGCCAGAGGAGGCGGACCUCGCGGCGCUCAAGGAGCGUAUCAAGCCCAUCAUCGACUGCGUCGAGAGAGUCCAGAGGCUUUUCGUGGCCACACAGACGGUUGUCGCGGUUGUGGACGACACCAGAGGGCAGCUGAUCGACGUCGCCUUCUCCUCUCGAGCCAUCGCCAUGAAGAAGUCGAUGCGCUGA